AUGGCUUCCCCGCCGAGCUCCGGGCAGCCCCGGCCGCCGCCGCCGCCGCCCGCGCGCCUGCUGCUGCCCCUGCUGCUGUCACUGCUGCUGUCGUUGGCGCCCGGGGCCUGGGGCUGGGCACGGGGUGCCCCCCGGCCGCCGCCCAGCAGCCCGCCGCUCUCCAUCAUGGGCCUCAUGCCGCUCACCAAGGAGGUGGCCAAGGGCAGCAUCGGGCGCGGCGUGCUCCCAGCCGUGGAGCUAGCCAUCGAGCAGAUCCGCAACGAGUCACUCCUGCGCCCCUACUUCCUGGACCUACGACUCUAUGACACCGAGUGUGACAAUGCAAAGGGCUUGAAAGCCUUCUACGAUGCAAUAAAGUACGGGCCGAACCACUUGAUGGUGUUUGGAGGCGUCUGUCCAUCUGUCACAUCUAUCAUCGCCGAGUCCCUCCAAGGCUGGAAUCUGGUGCAGCUUUCCUUCGCCGCCACCACGCCUGUUCUUGCGGACAAGAAGAAGUACCCAUAUUUCUUCCGGACGGUGCCCUCUGACAACGCGGUGAACCCGGCCAUCCUGAAGAUGCUGAAGCACUUCCGAUGGCGGCGCGUGGGCACACUCACGCAGGACGUGCAGCGCUUCUCUGAGGUGAGGAAUGACCUGACCGGGGUUCUGUACGGGGAGGACAUAGAGAUCUCAGACACAGAGAGCUUCUCCAACGAUCCCUGCACCAGCGUCAAAAAGCUCAAGGGGAAUGACGUGCGGAUCAUCCUUGGCCAGUUUGACCAGAACAUGGCAGCGAAAGUCUUCUGUUGUGCCUUCGAGGAGAGCAUGUUCGGCAGCAAGUACCAGUGGAUCAUCCCAGGCUGGUACGAGCCGGCGUGGUGGGAUCAGGUGCACGUGGAGGCCAACUCCUCCCGCUGCCUGCGCAGGAGCCUCCUGGCCGCCAUGGAGGGCUACAUCGGAGUGGACUUCGAGCCCCUGAGCUCCAAACAGAUCAAGACCAUCUCAGGGAAGACUCCACAGCAAUACGAAAGAGAAUACAACAGCAAGCGCUCAGGUGUGGGGCCCAGCAAGUUCCACGGGUACGCCUAUGAUGGCAUCUGGGUCAUCGCCAAGACACUGCAGAGGGCCAUGGAGACCCUGCAUGCCAGCAGCAGGCACCAGCGGAUCCAGGACUUCAACUACACAGACCACACGCUGGGCAGGAUCAUCCUCAAUGCCAUGAACGAAACCAACUUCUUCGGGGUCACGGGUCAAGUUGUGUUCCGGAACGGAGAGAGAAUGGGAACCAUUAAAUUUACUCAAUUUCAAGAUAAAAAGGAGGUGAAGGUAGGCGAGUACAACGCAGUGGCUGACACGCUGGAGAUCAUCAACGACACCAUCAGGUUCCAGGGGUCUGAGCCACCCAAGGACAAGACCAUCAUCCUGGAACAGCUGCGAAAGAUCUCCCUUCCGCUGUACAGCAUCCUGUCGGCCCUCACCAUCCUCGGCAUGAUCAUGGCCAGUGCCUUCCUCUUCUUCAACAUCAAGAACCGGAACCAGAAGCUGAUCAAGAUGUCGAGUCCCUACAUGAACAACCUCAUCAUCCUGGGCGGAAUGCUAUCCUAUGCGUCCAUCUUCCUCUUCGGCCUCGAUGGAUCCUUAGUCUCAGAAAAGACCUUCGAAACACUCUGCACGGUCCGGACCUGGAUUCUCACCGUGGGCUACACAACCGCCUUUGGGGCCAUGUUUGCAAAGACCUGGAGGGUCCAUGCCAUCUUCAAAAAUGUAAAGAUGAAGAAGAAGAUCAUCAAAGACCAGAAGCUGCUUGUGAUUGUGGGGGGCAUGCUGCUGAUCGACCUGUGCAUCCUGAUCUGUUGGCAGGCGGUGGACCCCCUGCGGAGGACGGUGGAGAGGUACAGCAUGGAGCCGGACCCAGCAGGCCGGGACAUCUCCAUCCGCCCACUGCUGGAACACUGCGAAAACACCCACAUGACCAUCUGGCUCGGCAUCGUCUACGCCUACAAGGGGCUCCUCAUGUUGUUCGGUUGCUUCUUAGCGUGGGAAACACGCAAUGUGAGCAUUCCUGCCCUCAACGACAGCAAGUACAUCGGGAUGAGCGUGUACAACGUGGGCAUCAUGUGCAUCAUCGGGGCUGCUGUCUCCUUCCUGACUCGGGACCAGCCCAAUGUGCAGUUCUGCAUCGUGGCCCUGGUCAUCAUCUUCUGUAGCACAAUCACUCUCUGUCUGGUGUUUGUGCCAAAGCUGGACAAAGACUUGGAAGAAGUCACCAUGCAGCUACAAGACACCCCAGAGAAGACCACAUACAUCAAACAGAAUCACUACCAAGAACUCAACGACAUCCUCAGCCUGGGCAACUUCACAGAGAGCUCAGAUGGAGGAAAGGCCAUUCUAAAAAAUCACCUCGAUCAAAAUCCCCAGCUACAGUGGAACACAACAGAGCCCUCGAGAACGUGCAAAGAUCCCAUAGAAGACAUCAACUCCCCAGAGCACAUCCAGCGCCGGUUGUCCCUCCAGCUCCCGAUCCUCCACCACGCCUACCUCCCGUCCAUUGGAGGCGUGGACGCCAGCUGUGUGAGCCCCUGUGUCAGCCCUACCGCCAGUCCCCGCCACAGACAUGUGCCACCCUCCUUCCGAGUCAUGGUCUCGGGCCUGUAGGGGUAGGAGGCCUGGGGCCGGGGCCUCCCCGGGGACAGCACCAUGCUGGGCCAAGGCACCCGCCGCUGGUGCGCUGACGGCGGUGAGAAGCUGAGCACACUAUGCUGCCUCUCCAGGGCUGGCACAGCGCUCAGAGGGACUCGGCACCGACCGCGAGCCUUAUCUGCGGAAGGUCUUACUCUCGCGAGGGAGGCGAUGACUUCUCCUUGGUGUAUGCAAGCAAAGAGGAGUUGGGACGCCUGAAACUUGCAAAAACAAAUCAAAAUCUAGACAAAGGAGAGAGGUCACGGACUCCAGCCAUCCUCACCAAGUGGCCAGAGCAAGGGCUCGGCAGACCUCUGCACUCUGCACACACGUCAUCGGCGGUGCCCGCCCCCACACACCAGCCCUUCUCCACUCUGGGGAAGAAGGUGAGCAGGGCCACUAGGUCCCCAGCAGCUGGCCCAGACCACCUCAGGCUCCCGGGAACAGGGAGUCCGCGGGAAGGGCAGACGGACAGACAAACACAGCCCUGGGGCUGGGGGACCAGAGCCGGCAGCUGUGCAUGCUCCCAGGGGACACUGAUCAGAAGAGAGAUGUUUGUUACUCUCUGAUAAACGCCACACAUUAACACAAUAACACCCGUUCUGGGGACUGUGGGGAUUCAGGGCACCUCACUGCAGAAACUCUGCAGUGUUCAACCGACAGUCUGUCAUGCUCCCACCAUGUCGGCCAUGUCCUUGUGUUCAAUUUUAGGGUUCCUGGUAAUAAGGGGAACCACCCGAGCUAAUCACGGAAUGUCUGCUCCCAGAAAACACGAUAAAGAAAGAUUGUGCACUUUAACCUCUCCCGUGGGGGCCCAAGGGCUGCUGGGAUUUCCCCCCCCCCCCAUUGACUUUGUUUCUGACCAAAGUGAAUCAGGGGCAUUCUGCUACAAGUCACCCCUGUGUUCCAGGGGAGAGUUGCUUUCCAGUGCCCCUCCAGCCCAGCCCGUGUGUGACCCCUCGGGUGUCACUGGGGUGGUCAGUCAGCAGGCUGGUUUUCACCUUCCACAUCAUACUUCCCUUGUCAUUGAACCCCAAAGAGCACCGGCCUGAGAGUCAGACCUGGAUUUGAGUCUUCAGUCCCCUCAGGCUCCCUCCGUGACCUUGGGCAAGUCACCAGUGUCGCUCUGAGCCUCAGUUUCCCCUCCGUGUAACAGACUGGGGUUGAAAUAACACCCAUCCUGCCUACCUCACAGGGUCACUCUGGGGAUGGACACUCAUCCAGGAGAGCUGUGCACUGUGAAGCAGCCCCAACCUGUGAGGUAUUAGUGUGACAAUGACCUUCAGCCCUCCCACAAGCCGGGGGUGCGGUGUGGCCCAGAGAAGCUUCCAGCAAGGCCCUCUCCCCCAGGGACAGCCCAGCGGGAGGGAGGCUCAGGACUCUCCUGACAUUCCUAGACAGGUUCUUCCCUUGCUAAAGGCCUGAAUGACGAUGUCCAGGGGCGUCUGCACCACCACUGAGCGGCUUGCUCACGCCCUAAAGAAUCCUAACGGCAGCUUCCACAAGCAGGCAAUAAUCUCUUCCCAGACCACGGCAGUCAGGAACACACUGCUAUCAACCACCAGGCUGUGACGAAAGGGCCCGCGGGAAUGAUCAUCACCAACAUUUCAAGACACCCUAAUUCACGUAGCAUAGCUCUCCCUUUCCCUCCCUCAAAGAGAGGUUACGGAGGUUCUGUAGCUUUUAAGGGGGAAAAAAAUGUCAACACAUCACAGGUCAAGUUGAUGUCAUUCUCUGUUUAGGCACUAAAACUCCCUGCUGUCACUCACUGUGUGUUAACCAGUAUUUCCUUGCUCUUUUGAUUUCACCGAACCAAAUUUUAUUUAAAAGAUCACAUUAAUUUUUUUCAAAGGGAAAGAGAUAAUUAACUGUACAUAAUGUAUACAGACAAAAAAACUGUAGAAAUAUUACUCCAGCAUAGCAGGAAAAAAAAAAACAAAAGUAUUGGAUUGUCGGAGGUGAGCGUGUGUCUGUAAUCCCUUGUGACUCCGAUCCGUGCUCUGUCUUCUAGGUAAACCCACAAGGUACAUCUCUGUCUACUGAUCCUGUAGGUUCACCAUUUUUUUUAAUAAUUUCUCUGCAAUUAACAAGCCCCACAAAGUGAUUCUGGCUAUCUACUGGUUCUGUUCUUUUAUAAGCAGCAAACACUUGGUCCAUUUCCUAGAGGCUUCCGCCUGAGGGCAUCUUCCAAUGACGUUAGUGCACACACACACCUGCUUUCAAUUAGACCGGAACUGGCAGAAUCAAAUGUAAAUGAGGAGUUUCUCUCACCCCACUGCAUGGUAUCGAUUUUUAAUAAAUUGUUGCAAAUUUGUUUUUAUGAAUAAAAUGGGGGGAAAAUCC